CUUCUUCAUCUUCCCUUCAGUCCCCUCAUAAGCUGCUUCUUUGGUGCUUCUUAACUUUGUAUGGCAAACCUGAGCUCUGUCUUGGUUUACUGCCUUUGGUCUUCUACUAAGUGUUAUUUCUCUCAGUUACAACUUACUAAUUUUGUUAAUCUGACUUAAGAAUUAAAUACUAUUUUUAAUCCUGGACAGCAUUGAGGACCAUAAAAUGCUGUUAAGAACAGUGAGUGUUCCAGAUACUAGGAGUACAAAUAUUAAUAGUCUGGCAGUUUACCAAAUUUCUGUGGUUUGCUUUGUCUUGGAACAAACACCUUAUGAAUAUUUAAUGAAAAAUAUAAUGCUAAUAAAGAGAAAUCUUCAGACUGAGGUCAGAGUUGCUUUAUUUGGAGAAGCUGUAGAGCAAAAGGGGAGUGUUUGUGGCCAUGUGCAGUGAUGGGAGGUUGGAGGGGUAGAGUUGGAGUCUUUGCUGUGGAGGUGCUCUGGGCCCCAGCUCCUGGUUCUCAGCAACACCAAAGAAGUGUUUCAGGAUCAGUGAACUUGCUGGAGCAAGAGGUGACCCAGGAGUAAUGGUUUUCAGUAAAAUGAAUAAAUGAUUUUGCUAGCACAGCAGGUGUAGUGUGUUGACAGUAGUGUUUAUUGGUGGAGUGGAAUUCUUCAGCAAAUAAAAAAUUCUGAUGUGUUAAGGAGAUUUUUAAGGAACAGCACUCAGAGUUCAGGGAUCUUUAGAGUUAUACUUGUCAUAACCCACAUGAGAGUGCAGCAGGUAUGAAAUCUUAUCAGUUGAACCACACUAGUGUCCUGGAGGUGGUACAGUUUUGUUGUACAGACAGUCAGAGGAAAGGCGUGAGUGUCAGAAACUCUGGAAGAGAGCAGCUGUUCAUUUAGCAUGAGCCUCUCAGCUGGAGACCAUUAAAACUGAAACAUUGGUGUGUACUCAGGUGAAUGAAGUUAGAAUAAGGCUCAAUUUGUUUAAGUUCACCAAGGAGCUGUGGACUGAGGCUUAAGGUAAAAGUGCCAUUUUUUUGUAGCUUUCUGAAACAGUGGAGGAUAAAGACUGUUUCCUGUCAUCUGAGAAGACUAACAAAGGUCUCUGCUCUUUAGGACAGAGCAAUUCCAAAGAAGGAAAAGUGGUGCAGUAAGUUAGGAAAUGCAUAAGACAGAAGUAUCUUGAGUCUUUGCAAAGUACUGAUUCAGAGCCUGGUCCUGAGAUAGUUUUACCUCUGAUUGUGUUACAAACAAGAAAGUAAAUUAGAAACUAAUUCCCUGCUAAACUCUGUGGACAAAUCUAUAUUAAGGUUAGAAGAUGAGCAUUAGAAUUUACUUUUUAAGAUUUUUUUUACAGUGGCAGGUCUGACAUCCAAUGGAAGGUUUUCAAAAAGGCACUUUAAAAACAAACCUUUUAUUUAACUGAAUGAUCACAAUUACUAUUUCUAACACUCAGAAAGAGGAAGGUUUUGAAAAUAGUACCUCAAAACAGUGUAUGAUGGGCUGAAUGGAAAUUGAGCAGGAAGCUUAAUUUAGAGAAAUACUAAUAGCUGCAUUCUGAAAAACAGCCUGAGUGUUCUGAUGGGGAAAAGUGUCCCACAGCAUUAGGAUUACUCAUGAGUCGGGUCAUCUCCAGAUCUAUUUCUCUUUCAUUGUUGCUCACACCCAUUUUAAGAAGAUUGGGAAUCUCAUCCAAAAUAUUUAGCUUACAUUUCUUGACGCUGAGCAAAUUCCAAACGUGGCAGCUGUGGUGCUGUUGCUUACAACAGUGGCAGGGCAGGCUCUGGCACACAGUUACUUAGCAACAGGGAAGCUCACGUUUGCUUACAGCUCCUGCGUGUGCAUCUAAAUGUAGUUCUGGAAAAAAAUAAAAGGUUAAAGGACUUUGGAAGGGGAAACAGAUACUUGAACAAUUUGUACUGUUCAGUGGUUGAGACUGAUGGCAGUAGUACAUAGGAAAAUUAGUCUCAAAAUAUUUUGCCUUUUAAAAUGUUUAUUAGACUUUUAAUAUAUUGAAAAAAUUUGAAACCCAAAUGAGCAGAACCCUCCUCCUACCAACUACAGAAAGAUCAAAAAUUAAAAUACAGCAAAUGGUAAAGAGCAGGGGGACGUUCUGUUUUGAAUGCCUGUGUUACAAAUGCAUUCUUUGGAAACAAGAAGUUUCAUUAUUUAAACAUUGGGAAUCUGAGGAAGUCAUAGAAAUUAUGUUUUGUGAGACUAACAGAUGGGUUGAGACUAUAUUAGAUUAAUUACUACUGAUUGUUGAUUGUUGCUUCUCAGUUCACCAGUGCUUUUUUUGCUGAUCAAGCUGUGAAAUCUUAAUGGGAUUUUGACAGCUUGCACUCUGUGACUGCAGUAAUACUCAAAAGCACAGUGACUUAAAAGGCCACUGUCAGACUGUUCUUGGGUUGUAUUAUGAUUACAGUAAUUUCAGUUUCUGGGGUUUCAGGCAUGCAGUUUUCCUUAUUAGCCAGCACUGGAGCUGCAGUGGGGUUUCCUUAUAUAGAAAGGCAAGAAGGUGAUUGCAGCUCACUCCAGACAUGAGGGGGAGGCAGGGACCAGAGAGAGCAUGCCAGGAAUGGAGAGGGUUGGAAAAAGACAAGCUGGAUUUGGCUAGGGAAUGGAGCAAGGUCUGAUGAUGGGAAUUAACAAUGAGUGUGAUCAGGCUGUUGGGGGAGAGUGACCUGGGAACCUGCACGAUGUCACUGAAGGAAGUAGUGCAUUGCUUCAGCAGUGGGAGCUGGGAGAAGAGCAGGGCAGUUUGGAGAGCAAGGAGAGGGACUGGAGAGGUGCUGCACCUGCAGAGGAGUAAGGAUACUGCUAUUCCAGCUGCUCCCAGAGUUGAGCAGUUCUUUAUACCUAGAAAUUAAGUGGUUGAAAAAAGGAAUUCUCCAGAGGCUGUGUUCUUUUGUUCCUGUGCUUGGUCUUCCCCAUCUGUACCCUUCCUCGUGGGAUUACUGUGCUUUUCUCUGGGCAGCAGAUUCAGACAUGAUAUGGAAGGUGAACAAGAUCCCACCACCACUGGGAGUGGGACUGAGAGUGUUAGUCCUUGCUUUUCGGAGCUGAAUCAAAAUGGGGAGACAUCUUGAGGAAGGUUUUUGAGGGCUAGAAUGAACCUGGUUAGGGGACAGUGAUUUAAAAUACAGGGGAAAAAAAAUCAUCAAUCCAGGCUGCCAAAGUUAAAAUCCAGCUAAAAUAUUUACCUUUGAAUUUCAUAUUCAGUCGAGAGGAUUGUAUAAUUCUGAUUUCCACAUGUAUAUUCAUGUGCUUCAUGUGUACUUUAUGGGGCUUACUCACUUCAAUGAUGUCUCCUCUAGUUAAUGGACCAUUAAAUGAGAGGCUGUAAUUACCACCUCUGUGUCUGUCUCAGAGUGGGCAAGAGGAUAUGUGUUAAUUCUUUAUAAAAAUGACAGGAUAGUGCAUCUGCAGAAUAGGAGGUUGUUAAAAAUCUCUCAUCCCAGGCAAGAGUCAGCCUGCUCAUACUGGGCUGGGAAACAAGCCUGGUUCUGCUCCUCUCCCUGCUGAAGGCUUUUUAGAAGGCAGGUAGAAAAAUGAUGUAAAAUAAUUUUGUUUCCAGUUACCUCUCCAUGUUUUAAACUAACAGGAUGUUGAACAUGAAAUCUGUGCUGCAGCAGCUUUUACUUUUUGUAAAGGUAAAAUGAGCAAAGUUUGUUUUUCCUUUUGCUGUUCAUUCCUUCAGUAGUGGAGACUAGAAGGAUCCAGGUGCUGUCAGGUUGACCUGUGUAACAAGGCUUGGGGUUUCACAGAAGGAGGAGACUGCUACCCAAAAAUUGGCCCCCACCCUUACAGAGAAGGCUUCAAUCUCUUCUCCUUUGGACCUUUCUUCUGACCAUCAAAGCCAGGUUUGCUGUGUAAUGGGGUAGCUCUCCAUGCGAAAUCAUCUACAUCACCCACCCAUGUUUGCCAGGAGACAAAGUACAUACAGAGCGUCACUUUGUCUCUUAAUUUGUUUUUUUAUGGUGGUUGUAGCUAUUUUCAAGUCUUCCCUUGGUAAGUUGCCUUUUGUGAGUUUAUUCAGCUGCAGACAUUAUAUGCACUUGCUUUGGCAGCUGGUACAAAAGCAGAAUAUUGACAGAAUUAAAAUUUGCUGGCAGUUGUAUUUGUGCUUUGCAGGCAGGAUUCAUUGUAGUGCAAAUCUUUGUGGGCUAAUGAAGUUAAAACAGGGCUUUAGAUAGUAUUCUUUUCAACAAAAGCAGCUUGCUUAAAGCUAUCUCUGCUAGUGUUUUCCUUCUGAAACAAUGACAGCGAAUGCUGCAGGUUUAAAAAUGGAAUAUAAUUUAUGAGGCAUCAAGCCUUGGGCAUGAGUCCUUGUGUAACUGGAAUUUAAAAUCUAAAAUGAAUAUUAAUGAGGUGGGGAGGGUUGCAGACCUGUCCUUUAAUACUAAUCCAUUGUGAGUGGAGCAGCUCUAGCAAUGAGCUGAUACUGGCACGGAGACAACCAGGAAUUGACUGCUCUUAGAAAAUGCCUCAUCACUCAAAGUCUUCACAGGCUCCUGAAUACUUGUCCUGAUCAGAUACAGAAGGGCACCUGAACAUUACUGGUGUCAGUAGCCUGCCUGCUGAUCCUGUGUGCAUUUCCCUGGGGACACUCCUGUGCUGGCUUUCAGCUCCAGCCCGUGGUGUGGAUGGAAACGUAAUGGAAGGCAUAUUUGUUACUUUGCCAUACAAACCCAGCUGGAAACACAUCACUUGUUGUUGCUGUGAGAGGGGCAGCCAGCUCUGUACCCCCACGUCUGGACCUGACAUCUCUUAGGUCAUAAUGCUAAAGGAUUGUGCCAGAAUAAUGUUCACCCUGGUCAUUGUUGCAGGUUUGCUUAGAGCUGUAAUAAAAAGGGCCAAAGAUAAGUCUGAGGAGAGUGGUGCAAAACCUAAGCAUGUGCUUAGUAGCAGAGGAACCCAGACUGAAAGCAAGAAGCCUCUGGAAGAGACAAAAAGCGUGAGAAAACUGGAUGAAAACAAGGGAGCAUGUGAGAAGGUGAACACUUCCAGUGCUGUAGCCCACAAAGCUGACUCCAAACCCCAGCUUAAAGACAGGACAGCACAGCAGCAAGGGGGAGAAGGUGCUGGCAAAACACAGAGCUCUAAGAGCUGUCCGCAGCAAAAGGACAUCGAUGUCAGAGCUGUGAAUCAACACAAUGGUCUUCCAUCCGUACAUCAAGAUCAGGCAGGCAACCAAACUGCUCCUGCUGAAGCCCAGAAGGUGGACAGAGCCCCAGGCCUUGCUGAGUGCCACAGGCAGCUCGUGCAUCAGAAGCCUGGGAAGAAUGAAAGCAAAGCUGCAGCGGCAGGCGCGGCGUCCCGGGAGGCUGUGCCCUCCACGUCCAGGGCCAUAUCUGACACGGGCUGUGAAGUGACACACACCAGGAUAUCCAUCAGUGUACAUAUGACUGACAUGAAAGAAAAAAUUGAGAUGGCCAAGGAGGGAAAUGUAAGUGACAGCAGAGGUAAAAGUUCCAAAGUGAAAUCCACACCAGCAGACUUGAAAGGAGUCAAGCAGCAGCCUGACAAAUUAAAACUUCAACAGAGUCCUAAAAACAUCAGCUCCAAGCCAGAUUCAGAAGUUAAAGGGGACAAUAAGCAAAAUGAACUUGCACCUCAGACAGGGAAGCAAAAGCCAUUCCUGAGCAAGCCCAAACCAGGUGAAAAAGCUGAAGAGAAAUCAGAAUUAAAAUGUGCGCCCAUAACCUCACAGAAUACCUCUGCAAAGGAUCCUUUGAAAGAUGCAGGGGUAAAAGUGAAACUCCAUCAAGAAGCAGCAAAAGCGGAAAAAUCCCCAGCAGAUACCAAGUCUGAGAGGAGGGGAUCUGAGACUGCAGGGGCAAACAGACAUGAUGCUCAGCAGUGUACAGGAGAGGCACCAGAGAAGAACAAGUCUCUGGCAGCUGGCAAAGCUCUUCCCAUUCAAGGAGAAAUCAUUGAUGACAGCCCCUCUCCUCCAGCUCCGUUCGAGCACCGCAUCGUGAGCGUCAGGCAGGCGGAGGUGACCGCCAGCUACUCCGUGUGUCGGCACGAGGUGCUGGGGGGGGGGCGUUUUGGGCAAGUCCACAAGUGCACGGAAAUAUCGACGGGGCUCAACCUGGCAGCCAAAAUCAUAAAAGUGAAAGGAGCCAAAGAGAAGGAGGAAGUAAAAAAUGAAAUUAACAUCAUGAACCAGUUAAAUCAUGUGAAUCUGAUCCAGCUUUAUGAUGCUUUUGAAGCCAAAAAUAAUAUCACUUUGAUAAUGGAAUAUCUUGAUGGUGGGGAAUUAUUUGACCGGAUCACAGAUGAAAAUUACCACCUGACAGAGCUGGAUGCCAUCCUAUUCACCAAGCAGAUUUGUGAAGGAGUCCACUACUUGCACCAGCAUUACAUUCUCCACUUAGAUCUGAAGCCUGAAAACAUCCUAUGUGUAAAUCACACAGGAAAUCAGAUUAAAAUUAUUGAUUUUGGAUUAGCAAGGAGGUACAAACCCUGUGAGAAGCUGAAGGUGAAUUUUGGUACUCCGGAGUUCCUGGCUCCCGAAGUGGUGAACUAUGACUUUGUCUCCUUCCCCACGGACAUGUGGAGCGUGGGUGUGAUCACAUACAUGCUGCUUAGUGGCCUGUCCCCAUUCCUAGGAGAGACUGAUGCUGAGACAAUGAACUAUGUAGUCAAUUGCAGCUGGGAUUUUGAUGCAGAAGCAUUUGAACAGCUCUCAGAGGACGCCAAAGACUUUAUUUCCAGACUGCUUGUGAAGGAGAAAAGCUGCCGGAUGAGCGCCACGCAGUGCCUGAAGCACCAGUGGCUUUCGGACCUCCCUGCCAAGGCCCAGCGGUGCAAGCUCCGCCUCAAGUCGCAGCUGCUGCUGCAGAGCUACAUGGCCCACAGGAAAUGGAAGAAACAUUUUUAUGUGGUGGCUGCUGCUAACAGGCUGAAGAGAUUUCAGAGUAUGUCUGUCAAGCUUGCAUGAGCUUGUGUGAAACCUCCUCCACUCCUGGACAUGAAGGUGGACAUGAAGGUGGAAGGAGGACUCAGUGUCUCCAAACAUUUCUAUCCCUGUUUUAUAACAUAAGGUUUUGGGACUGCCUUCCUCAAUUAUUUUGUGUGUUAGUGCUGUGGUUCCAGAAGAGCCUUGAAGAAACACAAGAUUUCUAAAAGCAGAAGUUACUUUGUUUGUUUUUACAAGUGUUUAGUUGUUCUAUACAGUGGUGGAAAAACGUGGCUGUUACUGGGGCUGACUUCUUGCUGAAGGCGAUGAUUCUGCAGAGUAUUGUUGGUGUGUUUAUAGCAGAAAACCCUGGCAGUUUUCUGGUCUCUCACACCAAGCACAGGAUCUCUGAAGACUUUUUUUUCCUGACUGAUGGUUGUGUGUUACCAGCUUUAGAGAACCGUGGCACAACUUGUCCCUCAGGUGUUUGCUACUCAAAAGAUACAAACAUUGUUUUCUUCUGUAUCUCUUUCCAAAAGGUAGUUUCCCCACAACAUGAAGAUGCUUCGGUGCAACUCCAGCUUUCAUGGCUUUGGUUUGUUUUGUUUUUUUAUUAUUCUAUCUCUCCUUUAAAAAAUAGUCACUGCAUAGUUAUGAACUAUGAGGAGCCCUGGUUUGAGGUAACUUAAGUCAGUCCAUUGCUGCUGUUUCUUAGGACAAGUUGAAUUAAGCUGAACUGAUUGAACUUCUGGAAGCAGAUGUGUGGAACUGCCAUGCAUACAAAUCACCUAGUGACUGUUGGGUCUAUGCAAAAAGAUCUCAUGUUGUAGAGAAAAGAGGAGAGUUGCAGAGAUUUUAUGUUUUUAAAAUUUGUAAGUGCUUUUCAUUGUCCAUGACUGCAGCUCUUAAGUUGCUAAGUUUUAGUUUGAGGAUUUGUUUCUCCUCUCUGGAAAUUUUAAUGCAGUGUGAGGAGCUGGUAUGGUGUGACAUGCAAAACAGGUUUCAUUUCUAAUAGGUUCAGUGACAGGGAAAUGGUGUGUUGCCAGACUCUGCCUUUAGUCCAGUUAGGAGGUUGAAGCCCUUCUUUCCCCCUCACUUAGCUCUUUAACAUUAAACCUUUUCUUCACAAUAUUAACUUAUUUUGGAUUUUAAACUCUUUUCUUAUGCAUAGAGUGGGAGCCACUUACAAUCUCUCAGAUAAAAGUACAAUAUUAUUUAUUAAACCUUCUGUGGUUUCUUCCUCUGGAUUCUGCAAAACUCAGUGUGAACUGGAUGGGUUCUUAGGAAAAAUGGAAAUUAGUAUUACUAAAAGUAGCUUUCCAGCAAAGGCACCUGUAAAGUUCCUUUGAACUUUAUGGACUUUGACACCCCUUGAAUUUGCAGAAGUGUUGGUUGCUAAUGAUGAGGUUUGUAAGACUGCCUUACUCUGGUCUAGCUAUCUUUUCAACUCAAGUGUUUCUCACUUUGCAUAGUCCUGACUUUUUUUUGCAGCAUUUCCAGAAUUGGGACAGAGAAGAAUCUUGAUAAUUUAUCACCUUCUAUGAAGGCCCACUUUUGUUCAUGUUUUCCUUCCACAGUGUUUCUGCAUGCUGAAUGUCAUUGUAUUCAUUGGUCUGUAUAUUUCUGAAUUAAUACUAAUAAAUUUCAUGAA